UAAAAAAAAUAAAAAUACGACUGACUGUCUUUAAAGGGAUAGUUCACUAAAUAAUGAAAAUUAUGCCAUAAUUUUCUCACCCUCAUGUCGUUCCAAACCCGUUUGACUUUCUUUCUUGCACUGAAUACCAAAGGAGAAGUUUAGCAGAAUGUCUGAGCUACUUUGCAUACAUUGAAAGUAGGGCUGCAACUAAUGAUUAUUUUGAUAAUCGACUAAUCUAAUGAUUAUUAGAAUGAUUAUUUGACUAUUCGGUCGAUUAUUGCGACGAUUAAUCAUUAGCUCUUAACCGACUAUUCAGCUUGUGCCCCGACAUAAAAGGUUGUAUUAAACGUGCUUACUAACAAUACAGAGGACAAAAUCAUCUUUUAAAUAACAUUAAUUGAAUUACAAGAAAAAAAUCCUUGAAUUAUUAUUAAGUUGAAUUCAUUAAAAAAUUCAUUGCAAAAAAGCCUAUUGUGUCCUGUAAUUCUGUAGUGUUUUUGUCUUGUUUUCCAUUUAAAAUGAUCAAACAAGAUACAUUUACUUGAGAAGAAACAUAUUCUCUGAUAUAAACUUUUUCUUCUGCAGUAUAGCUUCUAAAGUAAAUAUAUGUAAGGAGUUUUAGAUAUUUAUAUUGGAAAACAAAUAAAAUAACCUUUAUUUUUUUAUUUUAUUUUUAUUUUAUUUUUUUUGCAUUGUAUAAUGGGCUAAGACUAAACUCUCUCACCUUUUUGUUAACUUGGAUCCAUUUUUAACUCACAAAAAAAAAACUUUCUUCUUAAUAGAGCUGUAUAUCUUCGAUUUUCUUUACAAUAAAGUACAGACCAUGACACAUACAGUAUAUUAUGAUUCACUAUGUUGCGAGCCAUCAUGAUGGCAUGAUGAUGGCUGCCUCGGUGUGGAGCUCCUCAGUUCUAUUGUUGUUUUUGUUUGUGUGUCCUGUGUUUAGUAAUCUUUUUCCAGUCAGUUUUAACAGAGACGAACUGCUGAACAUUCGACAUCAUGUACCAGACAAUCUUUUCCUGGUUUUUGAAUAUUCAGACUUUUUGCUAGACAUUUUAGUUGGAGGCGCAGCUCUGCUGUUCAAGAGACGCAGGCGAGGUAGACGAGCCGGUGCGCUGGUCAAACUCCGUAGAUGCGGAUUUCGAACAGCGCUGCAGAGUAUUCACUUACCGAAUCUCCGCUCUCUUCCUAACAAAACGGACGAACUACAUCUCCUCACCCACACAAACAAGGACUUUUCAAACUCUGCUGCCUUGUGCUUCACAGAAACCUGGCUGAGUGAAGCCAUUCCGGACAGCGCGUUACAUCUGCCGGGCUUCCAGCUGUUCAGAGCGGAUCGCAUCACGGAGUUAACGGGGAAAACGAGAGGCGGUGGAACAUGCUUUUAUAUCAGUGAAAGUUGGUGUACAGAUGUAACAACGUUAAAGAGGAUGUGCUGUCCUAAUUUGGAAGCGUUCUUUAUUAACUGUAAGCCUUUCUACUCGCCGCGGGAGUUUUCCUCGUUUAUUUUGGCAGAAAUUAAAAUCAACCAAGCCAGUAGUAAUGACUGUAAAGAGAUGGACCAACGAAGCAGAGCGGGAACUACAAGCCUGCUUCGAUUGCAUGGAUUGGAGUGUUUUUGAGGCUGCAGCCACAGACCUGGACGAGCUCACAGAUACUGUUACAUCAUGUAUCAGUUUCUGUGAGGAUAUGUGCAUUCCUACUAGGACUUAUUUAAAGUUCAACAAUGACAAACCUUGGUUUACAGCAGAGCUCAGGCAACUUCAUCAGGCCAAAGAGGAUGCUUACAGGGGUGGGGAUAAUGUCUUGUACAAUCAGGCCAUGAACACACUGAACAGGGAAACCAGAGUGGCUAAAAGGAUAUACUCUGAGAAGCCGAAAAACAAGUUUUCAGCUAACGACCCUGCAUCAGUGUGGAGUGGCAUGAAACAACUCUCAAAUUACAGGACUCCUACCCCCAACCCUGUAGGACACCAAAAACUGGCUGACGACCUGAAUGUGUUCUACUGCAGAUUUGAAAGGCCCACUCUGACCUUCACUUCACACAAACACCAACACCUC